AUGGAAUCCCAUUUUGAUACUUCAGUUUAUGGGGGUGACACCCUUGCGCCCCCUGGGACUUUCCUACUCAUUCGGGAGGACUUGUCCGAUUCCCGUGGUCAACGGACUAUCAUGCUCGAUCCCGUCCCGACAAGCGAUCCUAAUGAGCCUUUAAAUUGGAGCACCCUCCGCAAGGCCGUCAACUGGACCAUAGUCCUGGGAAUGACGAUUGUUACAUUCACCCUUCUUUCGAUCCAAUCAAUCUUUUGGCAGCAAAUGAUAGUUGAUCUUCAGGUCGAUUAUGAGCAGCUGAAUCAGUCAAUGUCGGUCAACUACGUCGGUCUGGCCAUGGGAUGCGUGAUAUUCAUUCCCAUGGCGAAGAAAUAUGGCCGACGUCCCGUAUACAUCAUCUCCGCGUUGGUCCUGCUUGCGACUUCAUUUUGGAUGUCUAAAUUGAAGACUAUAACAGAGCUCUACAUCUGCAACCUAUUACAAGGGCUAGGAGGGGCAGUCAACGAAACAAUUGCAAUGAUUACGAUUGCAGAUUUGUUCUUCGUGCACCAUCGUGGCAGUAUGAACGGUCUCUACAUGACUAUGGUGAUGAUUGGUAGCUUUCUUACACCGAUGGCAGCGGGUACUCAAGCAACUAGACAGGGAUGGCGCUGGUCAUACACAACGCUGGGAAUCUUCAACGCCCUGUUUGUGAUACUUUUCAUCUUUCUCUACGAGGAGACAAAAUAUACGCCUGUUAUUUCAGGAAGUCCCAGACCCGGAACUGCCGAGGAUGAUAAUACUGAGAACACUGGUGACCCGGACACAAAAAAGGCACCAUCGGUGACCAAAGCUUCGGUGUCCGACGAGCCAAGCACCCAGAGUCACCAGUUAGACACAACCAUUCCCUUCAAUUCUUGGCGGAAACGACUGGCCCUUGUUACCGCGACUCCAGAGUCGAUCUGGCCCUAUUAUUAUCUGAUGUUUGCGGGCCUUCAAUAUGCCGCUGGCGUGAUCUGGCUGACAAUUUUGUCAAGCGUAGUAUCCUUGGUCUUUCCACUCCCACCAUAUCUUUUCACUCCCGAACAAAUUGGAUUCAUGAGCUUGGGACCGUUUAUCGGAAACCUACUCGGAGCAGUCUACGGUGGCGUUUUGGGUGAUUGGUCGAUCCUCUAUUUUUCUCGCAGAAAUAAUGGAUUUUACGAGCCGGAGAUGCGUCUUUAUAUUCUUCACCUUCCGGCCCUAACUAUGGCUGGAGGGUUAAUCAUGUUUGGUGCUACAAUUGAACGGGGAAUGCACUGGAUCUAUCCUAGUGUUGGUGGCGCCCUUUUUGGGUUUGGACUCGGCAGUAUUGGUGAUGCUUCCUUGACUCUGGUGAUCGAUAGUUACCGUGAUAUUACCGGAGAUGCCUUUACAGCAAUUUCGUUCCUUCGCAAUGCCUGCAGUAUUGGUAUUCCAUUCGCUAUCACUCCCUGGAUCGCACGAAAUGGGCUGCAAAACAUGUUCAUUGCUUGUGGGUUUAUUAGUUUCGGAGUUACGCUUCUUGCAGUACCAAUGAUCUUCUGGGGAAAGACAGCUCGACGGGCGUUAGCGGUGAGAUAUUAUCGACUAGUUGAGCAACAGGGUAGCCUGGGUGCGCACUGA